AUGGACGCCACAUUAAGUUUAGAACAAAUUGAUGACGAUGCUAAAGAAUUUAUAUUUCAAUUAGUUUGUACAGCCAGAAUGAAUUGUUUAAUUAGAUAUGAAAUGAAAUCAAUUAAAUUACCUUGUCAUUUGGAUACAACAGCAUUACAAUUAUAUCAACAACCUUUAGAGAAAUUUCAUAUUAAAGAUACACAAACAGAAUUAGUGAUCAUGGAUAAAGAUCAAACCGAACUUAGUGAUUUAAAUACACGAGUUGAAGAUAUUUAUUCAUUGGUUUCAGAAGGCUCAGAAGAGAUUCAGCUGGAAACUAGAAGAAAAGAAAUAUAA